CCUGGGCCGCUGAAGUGGAGCGCGCGAACUUAACCACUCGGCCACGGGGCCGGCCCCAGGACCAGCUUUUGAGCACUGCCAUUUGUUCAUAUUGUAGGAAUGCCAUCUGCACAGGGCAGUAGCUGCUUCUUCCUUUUAUACUGAAUAUGACAAACCCAUCGUCAUCACCCCCCAAACACACACACAUUCAGCAUUUUUUGUACUUGAUAUUUUUCAGUUUAUGCGUUUUUGAGUGCAUCUAUAACAGUUUUACAACUAAUAAUUUUAGAAUAAUUAUAAUUUACAGGGAAAUUUUACAUUCAUUAGCUCAUUUUAUUGUCCAGUAGCGUUAUGAGGUAUCUGUUAUUAAUAUUCCAUUUUUAUAGCUGAGAAAACAUGUGUGACACUCUCUUAUGUUGACGCUUAAUUAGACAGCCGUUCUGUCUCUUUACAUUACUUGUAAAAAAUCUGAGUGCAUAACAAAAUGAUCUCUUUUCAACUAUGUGAUUUCUAUAAAUACCUUCUCUUCUUUGUCAGAAUUAAUUUUUAUUAUAUUUUGGUUUCAUUUCCUAUGUACUUCUUUUCUCAGCCUGUUUCCGUUUUCUGAUCACAGAGCCAUUCCCUGUCUUUUUGAAACAUCACUAAACUGCAGAGUAAUAAUGGUGGUGAUAUUAUGCAUUUUAUAGUGUUUUCAGACUUCUUUCACACCUAAAUCUUGUUCUGUCUUCACAACAGUUACCUGAGACAGGCAGGACAAGUGUAAAUUACUUGUUUGUGAAUUAAAAACCUGCAGCUCAAAGUGUUGGCUCAGGUUGUUUUGUUGUUUACCAUCACGUAACUAGGAAGUGUCAGGAACAGGAACGCUUGGCUUCUGUCCUGGUCCAGGCCCUUCCCACUGCCGUAAGACUCUGCAUUGUGCUCCCUGAUAGAACCUAAUACACCCUUGUAUCAUAGUCUCUCCAGGUUUCUUUCAUACUUUCGGAUUGCCAACCACUUACUCAGGAUCGAAUCCAGAGUACCAGUUUCUGUUGUUCCUUUGUCAAAAGACUUCCUGUAGAAAGGAGUUGUCAGCAAGACAGGACUGAAUUUGCUCUUAAAGAAAUCAUGUCCUCUGGAGGUGCUGAAGAUGACAUCCCACAGGGAGAGAGGAAAACAGUUACAGAUUUUUGUUAUCUUCUGGAUAAAUCUAAGCAGCUGUUCAAUGGGUUAAGAGAUUUGCCACAAUAUGGACAGAAGCAGUGGCAGUCCUAUUUUGGAAGAACUUUUGAUGUUUACACCAAACUCUGGAAGUUCCAGCAGCAGCAUCGACAAGUCUUGGAUAAUCGGUAUGGCUUGAAGCGGUGGCAAAUAGGGGAAAUUGCUUCUAAGAUUGGGCAGCUAUACUACCAUUAUUACCUACGCACAUCUGAGACCAGCUAUCUGAAUGAGGCAUUCUCCUUCUAUUCUGCGAUCAGACAGAGAUCCUAUUAUUCUCAAGUCAAUAAAGAGGACAGACCUGAGUUGGUAGUUAAGAAGCUACGAUACUAUGCGAGGUUUAUAGUAGUUUGUCUUCUUCUCAACAAAAUGGAUGUUGUGAAGGAUCUGGUGAAGGAAUUGUCCGAUGAAAUUGAAGAUUACACUCACCGCUUUAAUACUGAAGAUCAGGUGGAAUGGAACUUGGUGCUUCAAGAAGUAGCAGCUUUCAUUGAGGCGGACCCCGUAAUGGUAUUAAAUGAUGACAACACCAUUGUGAUCACGUCUAAUCGCCUUGCUGAGACAGGAGCCCCAUUGCUGGAACAGGGCAUGAUCGUGGGGCAGUUGUCUCUGGCCGAUGCGCUCAUUAUUGGUAAUUGUAAUAACCAGGUUAAGUUCAGUGAACUAACUGUUGACAUGUUCCGGAUGUUACAAGCCCUGGAAAGGGAGCCAAUGAAUUUAGCUUCCCAGAUGAAUAAGCCAGGAAUGCAGGAAUCAGCUGACAAGCCUACCAGACGAGAAAACCCCCACAAGUAUCUGCUGUACAAACCAACCUUCAGCCAACUCUACACGUUCUUAGCAGCAUCUUUUAAGGAGCUGCCUGCCAAUAGUGUGCUUCUGAUUUACCUGUCAGCCACUGGCGUUUUCCCCACAGGUCGUUCUGAUAGUGAAGGUCCUUAUGAUUUUGGAGGGGUACUUACUAAUAGUAACCGGGAUAUUAUAAAUGGAGAUGCCAUCCAUAAACGAAAUCAAUCCCACAAGGAAAUGCACUGCCUUCACCCUGGAGACCUCUACCCUUUCACAAGGAAGCCCCUGUUCAUCAUUGUGGACUCCUCCAAUAGCGUUGCGUAUAAGAAUUUCACAAACUUAUUUGGACAGCCACUAGUCUGCUUGCUUUCUCCUACAGCAUAUCCAAAAGCUUUACAAGAUCAGUCUCAACGAGGUAGCCUCUUCACUCUCUUUUUGAACAAUCCUCUAAUGGCCUUCCUAUUUGUCUCUGGAUUGUCAAGCAUGCGUAGAGGCCUGUGGGAAAAGUGUCAAGAAUAUCUUCGAAAAAUCAACCGCGAUAUUGCCCAGCUUCUGACCCAUUCACGUUCAAUAGAUCAGGCAUUUCUCCAGUUUUUUGGAGAUGAAUUUCUUCGCUUGCUUCUCACAAGAUUUAUCUUUUGUUCAGCCACCAUGAGGAUGCACAAGAUUUUUCGGGAAACAAGAAACUAUCCAGAAUCAUAUCCACAACUGCCAAGGGACGAGACUGUGGAGAACCCCCAUCUCCAGAAGCACAUUUUGGAAUUAGCCUCCAUCCUGGACGUUCGAAACGUGUUCCUGGAGAAUACCAUAGAUGACUAUUAAAACAAAAAUUCUCUUGUCAAAACAAGUUUUCAUUUGCCACAGAUUUUAAAUGGUGCAGUUUUCUAAUGGGAUGACAGACACACAGUGGUGUUACUUAGUUUUUAUUUUUUAAUUUAGGACCACCAUUUUAAAAACAAACUGAAAAAAUUGUUCAAACUUUUAGGGUAACUGUUUUAAAAUACAAUCUUUCAGGUGUUUUAAAAAACUCGAUUAAUCUUGGAAUUUUUAUUUUUUGGUUUUGAGGUGUGGAUACUUACUUCCAACAUCUAAUCCUGCACUCCAGUAGUCACUAUUCUCACCCUGAGAAGAGUAAAUCAUUUAUUUUUGUAUAAUGAGGAAAAUCCAACUUGGACCUUAAAUGUGUGGAUUUGGAAAAUAUGUAAUUGUACACAAAGAUGAAACUAGCCAGCAUGGACUACCAAAAAUCAGGAACAGAGUCCUUCCAUAAUAUUUCUUUUCAUUCCAAGUUAGUAGGUAGAAACGUGUGAUUCUUUGAAGCAUAAUCGAGACAGUUGUUGACAGUUCAUUUGAUUUGUUUAAAUACUGUCAAAAUUUCAGAAACCGUAUAGAAGUGAUUUGAUCUGAAAGUAAAUCUUUAACUGGGGUCUUGAGAUGAUAAAUAUCCGUUUGGAAUGUGUGAGUCCUGUGUUAUCGCGAGAUAUGUUUGCAUAUUUUAUUUUCUUUAUAGUCUUUGAAUGCUAGAAAUGAAAAAGAACAACUUUUAAAUAUUUAAGUCAAAACAUCAGAUUGUCAGUUUCAUAAUACAGUGUUUCCAGUAGGAAUUCUAUUUAAACUCUUAAUUCAUGAGAUCAAGUUUAAAGACUAUCUAGAUUGAAGUCGGUGGCGUACGGUACAGAGGUUGUAAUCUUUUCACCUAGUUCAAAUUUAUGAGACUUCAAGGUCAGAGAUGUUAUUAAUUUUAGUUGAAGGUAACUGAGUUGUUAUUUAACCUAAAAUGGAAGUUGCUUUUGCAUUGUCAGUUGGGAAAUAAGAUUUUUUAAAACUCCUUGUAUUUAAUAUUUUAUAUUCAUGCACAAGUUUUUUAUUAUUUUAAGUAGGACUCAGUGUAUAAUGUAAAGUUUUUUGUGUUUUUCUUCCCUGUCUUCCCCUUCAUAAUUUCACAGGCACUAGCUAUGAUGUUUAUUUUCCUUCUUUGGACUCCACAGCAUUCAGAUUCAGAAAUCUAUGAAUCAAAAGCCCUUCUAGCUAGUUUUCUGUGCAGGCUCACGUUCUACCUCUGGCAGUCCCAGGGGAAAUGAAGUGACUGCUUUUGGUGCCUCUUUCCUGUGUCCCUGGGGAAAUUUUACUGUACAGUUUUUCACCUCGUUUUCAUUUCUGGCACAGAGCAUUAUUUGGGUCUAAGUUACUCAUCUACCUGUUCCAAUUUGCUGAUUUUUCAUCUGAAGUCUUGAAGUUAUUCUUUGGUUUGGGGGACUUUGUGGUGUUUCAUUUUUUUAAUUAUUUUUGUUUGUUCUUUUAAACAUUAUUUCAAAAAGCUUUGGAAAAGUUACCCUGGAGAGAGAUUUUCUUUGCUCUGGGUUGUUUUUCAUUAUCAGAUAAAGACUGCUUUCCUUUCAUUUCAAUACCUUAAUAAACUUUGUAGCUUUCCUUUGGUAACAGAAGUCACUGGACUACAGCAAUAGACUAUCCUUAAUUGUGUGACGUUUUUUCAGUACCCCUGAAGUUCUGUGCCAGUAGUGUUCCUAACAGCACAUGUUUUCCUGUUCUCUGAUGCGUAAAAUAAUAUUUCUCAUCCUGAGCUUUGUCCUCACCUGUUUAGCGUAAAGAACACUGGUCUGAGAAGUAGGAGACCUGAGUUCUAAUCCUGGCUUUCCUGGUAACUGGCUUUAUGCCCUUUGACUAGUGUCUUCACGUCUCUGCUUUUUAGCACUCUCCUCUGUAAAAUGCAGGUGUUGGCCCGAGGUCCUAACCAAUUCUAUGGUUCUGUAAUUUGAACUCUUGGUUCUGAAAGAUAAGUGAUUUCCCCACCCUUGCCACCUGAAAAUCUAGUUUCCCUGAUUUUAAGUGUAUCUAACAUUUUCUUCCUAGAUCAUAUUUACCUAGUUUUUGGCCAAGAAAAUACUGGGUCCCACUGAGUUGUAGAAACUAGUUCAGAGAGAGAAUCUCCUGCAGAAAUUAGAGCUUUUGUGAUUAGAAACAUGUUUGAGAACAAGGGGUCUUAGAAAUCCCAUUAGGGUUUAGGUGAUGACAUUGCUCCUUAAGCUAAUAGUAGUGUAAUUCCUUACUGGUACUUAAAAAUCUGAAGUGAACUGAAAUGAUCUUGAGAGAAAAGCUGCUAGAAAAUUCUAAACUGUUUCACUCAUGCCUCCAAAAAGCUUCUAUUGAACAACAACUAUGCGCCAGAUUUUGUUCUGGGCAUUGAGGAAGCAAACAAAGUAACUGAAAGGUCUUUGUCUUCAUGAAGAUUACAUUCUAGUGGGAGGAGUAAGGCAGUAAAUGUAAUAAAUAAGUACAUUAUGUUAGAAAGUUGUAAGGAGUAUGAAGAAAAUAGAGAGAAUGGUAAGGGAAAUUUUUUGUUUAUUUUUGGGCAAAGAACAAUGUUGAUAUGAGUGAUCAGGGUAAGCCUUAUUGAGAAGAUCACCUUUGUGCAAACACUUCAUAUUUCUUUGUCUUUUCUUUCUUUUUUCUACUUUUUAUUAUGAAAGUUUUAAACAUACACAGAGUUUAAUGAACCCUCUUGUACCCAUCACCCAGCUUCUACAUUUUAAGGCAUUACUUUAGUCAAGGAGGAAGAGACGUAAAAGGACAAUCACCCAAUGGGCUCAAGAUGGCAGUGGCAAAGAGUCUCAUUUUUCAGUGGGUACCGCUCCCCUUUAUAAAUGUAAAAAUGUUAAGCCCUUUAUUUAUUUAUUUUUAGAACUUAUAGAAAUUUAAAUAUUGGAACUAAGAACAAAGCAAAGCAAUGGGAUUGAGCACUUGUUUGUUUUCAAAUUGCACAAACUCCCCCUGGAGAUUCUGAUACACAGUCUCUCACCUCCCUGAAGAAUCAUUGUAAACAAAACAGAAAGUAUAAGGUUGCAAGAAGUCGGUCAUACACAAAGCAAAACUAAGCACAAUGGAAUUAUUUUCUCUUUCUUUAUCCAUGUAUUUCCAAAGUUAGUCAAGCAACUACCCCUAUUUUACAGAAGAGAAAGCUGAGACCCCAAAAAGCUGUCAGAUUCUUUGUAGUGAUAGAGCUACAACUAAAACUCACAUCUCCUGAUCUCAGCUCAGUCUUUCUGGCAGCUCAGGCUGCUUUCUAUAAUGAAUGAGAAAAGAAAGAAUUAGAGAUUUAUAUUUUGGCACAAAGGUUAUGAUAUUUUUUUAAUAUAGCAAAUAUUGAAACCAGUAAGUCAGCUCUAGCAAAUUUUUCUUUAUUAAUUAUAAAAAAAUCCACAAGCGAGACAUUUUAUCUUUGGUUUUAGCCAGGAUAUAUUCUUCGUUGUGUGUGUGUGUGUGUGUGUGUGUGUGUUUUCCUCCUAGGAAGUGGUGCUCUCAAAACCCGUCAAAGCACAUAGAAUUUAUUGUACCCUUUCUAUUUUUACCAAGUUGAAAUGUUUUGAGAUUAUAAAAGCCAAAUGCAGUCUAGUCAGGACUGAAAUUUUCCUGAUACAGAGUCUGGGUUUUAUUUUUUCCUCACUUGUGGCUACUGCCCUUUGUUUUCUUCUUGUGCUAGAAUUCCCUGAAACAUACUAGGUGACAAUGGAACUGAGUUUCAUUGAGGUGAAGGAAAAAAGCUACAAGGCUGAUUUAUAUAUCACUAUGGAGCUUUCUUUAGCAUUCUUUAAGUUCAAUCUCUGACCUUUGUGACUUAGUAACUUUCUGUCUCUUAGAAGGGGUUUGGACUCAGUUGAAAAAUCUUGUGCUUAGUUAUCCACGGAGACUUGUAAUCAGCCGGAUAUACAGAGAACAUUCUGGACUGGAAAUAGAGUGAGGUACCAAGGUCUGCAAACUUGGCUACUGCCAGUGAUUCAGAACCACCUCCCCACCCUAAGUGAGUAAAAAGAUUUGAUAUGAAUACGAAUGGUAUGAAUCUCCUGGUGAUAUUUUGGGUGUAUAUGUUCCUGUGUGUGUGUUUGGAGAAUAUAAAGGGUAUUUACGUUGAGGGCUCUUUUGUUGACCUUAUUUAUUUGAAAUCUUUAUUUUAUUUGUAAUGGCAUGUGUAUAUUUUGUGAUGCUCAAUGCAAUCUCUGUGUAUACUUUUUGUAUAUAUGUACAUAUUUGUAAAUAUACUGGUAUGCAGUGAUACAGUAUGUGUAUAUUAUAUACCCAUACCCAUUGUGGGCUGAAUUUAUUUAAGUUCUGUGAGGACAUCAUAGUGGCAUUGUUCAUGCUGCUGUUAAUUAGGUUGUGACUGUAUCUCAUUCAUAAGCCUCUAUUUUGAGGGGCUUGUGUUUGGGUAAAAUGGGCUACUUUGGAGUUGAAAUUAGGCUAUGAAGAUCUUAACAGAAAGCUGGAUAUUCUUAGCUUUAAAAUCAUCUGCCAAUUUUCAUUUAAACUGAGGAUAAAUUAGUGAUAUAAACCUGAAAAACCUAAGUAUGUGAAACUGAGACACCAGCAGGUUCUUAAGCUAUAUUAGUCCUUUAUUUUCUUGACCUCUUGUUAAGUAUUAUUACUGAGUAGUAGUUAUAUUGAGAAUCAAGGGACUGUGGAAAAAACUACUUUGAUCACAUUUCAAAAUAGAUAGGAAAAUGUCCUUUAAAUUGGGAAAUAUGUUCCUAGUUGCAAUUUCAAUACCUAAUACUGAAUUUUAAUUUUGGGACAAUUUUUUUUUUUUUUUUUUUACUGAUGUGUCUCAUUUUAUGUCUGUCUCUGUGAGGCAGAAAAAGGGGCAUUAGCUAGGGAAAGGCUUUACCUAGGUGGGGUGGAAUUUAAUGUGGGACAGGAGGUUGUUAAUCUGUAUAUUUGCAGCAGCUGUGAUUAAUUUAGUCCUGUGUUGGCAUUUCCGACUAUUGAUUUUUCUUAUUGGUGUUGCAUAUCGAAGAUGAGUAUGCUCAUCUGAGAAUAUGCUUCCAGUGAAUAAAAUGCCUCCCGUUGUAUUUAUUUGUCUCUGUGAGACCACUUUUGUUCUGCAAAUUGAUGAUAUAUUCACACAUGAAAUAGGAUUCUUAAUAUUAGGUGCAUGGUGUGCUAUAAAAUCUGGGCCAUCAAACCUCUACCAAAGAUGACGGUGGGGGAGGAUAAAAGGAUAGUAAGUAUAUGCAGUGCCAACUUGUGAACCUAUGAAAUAUCAGAGUAUCAAUGUUGAGUUACUCCUGUCUUUACUGGGCAUGUUUAUUUGCAUGGAAGAGUGUAGGAGAUGUUUGAUAUGCAUUUGAAUACAUUCACUGCAGAAAUUAAGUAGAGGUUAUUUUUGCAUGAUAAAAUAUAACUGCAGAGCAACUGUUUACCCCAUUAUUCUUCAGAAGAGUAAAUCUAUGUGAUCCGACAGUAAAUUAUCUUAAAGAGAAGUUAGUUAGGAGUCAAUUUUACUACCCCAAAAAUGUUACAUUUGCCUCUUCACUGUAUUUUUAAGAAAACAGCAAAGUAUUCAUAACACUUCAAUUACACUAAGUUUAAAAUAAAGUUAUAAUAGCCUUUUUCUUAAAUAUUAAAUUUGGUAAUGUACCGUUUCUGAAAAAUCAGUGAAAGUGUCCAUGGUGUCUGAUGUUCUGUUGUUUUAGUAACCAAACCAUUUAUUGCAAUGGGAGAGUAGCAGAGCAGAUGUUGUGCUGUUUGGAAUUCGUGGAACUGACUCAGGCUUAAUGUGGACAUUGAUUCGAGGAGCUUAGCAGCAAUAAAAAGUGCAGUAGAUGAGAUUGACAUUGUGAGUCUGACCUCUAACAGUUGUAAAGCCAGUUACUUUGCAGUUAAACAAGAUAAGAAUUGCUUAGAAAACCAAGCCCUUUCGCCCCAUUCUCCUGUCCUCUUAGACAUUGAUACUCGAUACUUAUUCGUGCUAUACCUCUGGUUCUUUCCUGGAUACUCUGCCACUUUACCUGAAAAAAAAAAAUUUUUUUUAAAGGCAGUUCAUCUUCCUCAAUCUAGAUGAUCAAAACAUAAUAUUACACUGUGUCCCUAGAUGAUCAAAACAUAAUAUUACACUGUGUCCCUAGAUGAUCAAAACAUAAUAUUACACUGUGUCCCUAGAUGAUCAAAACAUAAUAUUACACUGUGUCCCUAGAUGAUCAAAACAUAAUAUUACACUGUGUCCCAGCUUCACUGAGUUUUUGUAACACCGAGACAUAUUAAGCAUGCCUUGUGUUUAAGGAAUAAUAAUUGAUGUGUGAAUGGAAUCAGUCACCUACUGAAGGGGGAAGGGUGUCAGGAUGAUGUAGGGGGACAUGCCCUUAAUUGGGUAAAGAUAAAUCUAUUAAAUUAAGUAUAAUUAAUUUGUUGGUACCAUAGAAAUAUUUCCUUUGGAAUUCUGUAGAUAUGAAAUGUUUUCUUAUGCUAAAAUUGGUAUUUUUCACUUCUUAGUUUGGUUUAAUAUUGGCUUUUGAGAAGAAUUCCAUUUCUGCAUAACAUUGUUACUUAAUCAUUUAUUGAAGUACCAUUUCUUAAUUUUAAAAUAUUUUGUUAAUUUCUUCUGUGGUUUUUUUUUUUUUAAAGUUAUAUUUUAAAUUAGUUAUCAAACUUCGCUAAGCACUAUGAUUUUUUAAAACAUAUUUGAACAGUAGAUGCAGAAUUUUUAAUAGUUUGAAGUAAAUUAUAUUAAUUCUGCACUCCAGCUUCAUUUAAUCAUAAAGCCUGAAUUUGGUCAUAGAACGGACUAUACGUUGGAAAUAUUUUCCUAUUUUGGUGGACAAUUCCAGGCUAUCUCCUAAGACAAUCAUCUUUUGAGGUGUAGUAUUGUUUAUUGAGACAUUGGUAAUUUCAGGGUUCAGAUUUUUCCUUUUCUGAUGGGCUUAUGGAAUGAAAGUUAAUGGACCAAGUGAUUAUAUCACUUUCAGAAUGAGAUAGGGAAUUAUAGCUAGCCUUUCUAGAUCUGCAGUAAACAAUAUUUAAAAUUUUAUCUUCUAUCACUAAUAUUCUUUUCUCUUUUAAAGCUGUUGUGAAUGUCCACUUGUCCAUGAUUGAAAAUUAAGAUUUGUAAACAUUACAAUUUCACCCGGAAGUUUUCUCAAAUGUCAAAUCUGUACAGUCUAUAAAAUGUGAAAUGAUCAUAUAUGAUAAUCCCCAAAUAAAUACUUCCAAACCAUAGAGAAAUAACCACUGUAUUUUUAAAAAUCUUAUUCCUACCCUUCUUUGCAUGUUACUGAUUUUUUUAAUAAGUUAUAAAUAUAUGUUGUGAUGUACUAAAAAUCUACAGGAAAAACUGCUUAAAAUGUUUUAGGGCAAUAAGAAUUUUUAUUACUGUUUCCUGAAGAAUUAGUUGUUUGUUUGUUUGUUUUUAACUAAUUUCUUUAUCUUAUCAGAAAGAACUUUUAACGGUUCAGCAAAAUAUUUUAGGGCUUUGUGUUCAUGGCUUUUUAUAGUUAUCUGGGUACAUUCCUUUUGCCACAUAGACCAUAUGGCUAGUUCUCCAACCGUUUUUUGUUUUUAAUAAACCUUGCUGUUCAACAAUCAGAGUCUUCUAUUUUGGAGGCUUCUCCCAGUUGAGGUAGAAAGGUCUUAGAUAAUAGGAAAGGCAGAUACAACGUCCUAACAUUUUCAUAGUAGAGUUUACAAGUAGAUAAAUAGGUUAUCUUCAUUGUGUAGCACCAGUACAAAUAGUAAUUUCAUUAAUCAUGGAAUCAGAUAAGCAGUUAUAAAUAAUUUUAUACUUUGCUCUAAAGAUUAUUGUUAUUUCAGGCCACGUUAUUAUUUUCUCUCAGCAAUUUCCACUGUAAGGUUGAAUAUCCUUUUUCUUUAUUCACAUCAUCACUAAAGGUUAAGAUAAUCAAAUAAGAGUUAAAAUAAGUUAUGUUUGAUCUUUUUCCCUGAAAAUAAUGGUGAACCUAUUGUCUAUAUUAUGGAUAUUAGGCAGAAAUGCACUUGUUUCAAUCAUAGCAGAAAUUACAUUUGGAGAAUAUAAUUACUUGAUUUUCUUGUGGUGUGAAAUACUUAAAAAAUUGUGCUCGUCUGUAACUGAAAUGUUAUAGAAUUGUAACACUAUAGGGAUUAUAGAGUUAUAUUUAUUAGCUCUCCUCAAGAGAUUGAAGCACAAUAAUUUUCAUGUAACAGUUCUUAUCCAAGUGCUGCUAAUCUGUCGUGCAAAUAUGAAGCUAAUUGGUUGCCUAUCUAGCUAUUCACAAAUCACUGUAAUCCUUGAGACAUAGUCUUGUUGCUCAUUUGUAUUAAAUUUUGGGUGUUGUGGGUUAAUACUUUAGAACAAAAUCCAUCAACUCAGCUCUGUGAGACAGCAAAACAUUUGGAUUCAUUAGUUUUAUAUGUGUUAUCAGUAGAAUAAAUUUUGAAGGGGCUAUUUACUACCAGUGACUAAGGGGGAAACUUAUAUUGUCAACAUCAUUUGACUUGAACUUUCGUGGUAUUGUAAAAGUCUUGUCUGUUGUGUUUCUAAAUUGCUUAAGCCAUACAUACUUUUAAGGGUGUUUUCCCGUUUUCUUCCUUGUCAGCAGCCUUUUACUGCUUUGUCUGUUAUGGUUAAUAUUUCAUAGAUUUUAGAAAUUGAGAAGUUAUUGAAUCAUUUUAUUUUCUUGAGUUCAUCACUUUUGACUCUUGUAUGAUAUGUGAUUUGUCAUAAAGGAUAGCAAGCCUUUUCACUAACUACUUCACUAAAAAUUUCAGAGUAAACACUGUGAUUCUGCAGAGAGACUCAGUAGGCCCUUGUCUUUCCAAUGUUUUCUUCUGUUACAUGGUGCCUGCCACCUUGAGGGCACUUAGAUACUAGAGGCUGGAAAGUUAAAUGUUGUUUUGAUGUUUAUUGAAUAACAAGGUUACAGAAUAUUUGAUUUUUGUUGUCAAUGUAUGGAAGACAUUUUUGCAUUGAUAAAUGUUCUCUAGGAAUGUGACUACAUUCAUCAGGUGUGAACUCUUGUAAAUGAAUUUUGUAUCUUGAAUCUACGUAUAUAUUAAGUGUAUCAUCAAUAUAAAAAUAAACAUUAUUUGCUUAAA